UGCCGGAUUCGCCAGCUCUCUUCGCGACCCAGACUUCAUCACAAAACAGGACGCAGCAUCAGAUCCCCCUCGAACCCGAGACAGUACAGAACUGGGCCGACAUCUUUGCGCUAAAUACCAUCGCCCCAUUCUUCAUCGUCCGCACUUUCCAAUCCCUUCUCGUCAAAGGAGCGCAUUCUCGCCCCCAAGGCACCUCAAGUGUUAUCAACAUUAGCAGUAUUUCAGCGAAAAUCAAUACUCCGGGGCCUGCAACCUGUGUAUGUGCCCCCACCAUCCCUUUAAAGCUUGUCGCUGACUUGAUCAGAUGGCUUAUGGUGUGACGAAAGCAGCUUUGGACAAGCUCACACUUGUACUUGGUGCAAGUUUCGCUGGGAGGGGUAUCCCGAUCCGGGUGAACGCGGUGCAGCCUGGCGCGUUUGUGUCGCAGAUACUGAGUGCUGAAUUCUUGGAGAUGCUCAAGACAAAGCCAGCACCUGGCUUUUUGGCGCCGAUACCUGCCAGGAGGCAUGGGACUGAUGCAGAGAUUGGGGCAACGGCGAUCUACCUGGCAGUAUCGGACUAUACCAACGGGGCGAUUUUGUGUAUUGAUGGAGGAGCGUCGCUGGUAAAUCCUUGAAUGUGCGACUACCGAAAUACAUUACCCUUUUUUCCCCCUCCUCCUUGAAGGUAGUUAAUCAAGCGAUCCUUAUGGGGUCGUGCAACUCCACUGAAGACGAAUUAGCAGCAUUCAGCUCACGGAGAAAUACUAUCAUCAGCGUUUCCUUCGGUCGAGGACUUUGGCCUAGAUGGAUUGAUAAGAAACGA